AUGAAGCCAAAUCAUCUUUCUAACGAAAAUAUUCAGGUUGUUGAUCGAGUUGUUGCAAGUAAAGAUACUGGUUUCUAUAUCUCAAAUCGUGCACCACUUCAAUCGACUCUAUUUCAAAACUUACCACCAUCUAAUAUUAUUCCAGGUGGUUGGUUACGUGCUCAACUUAAUCUCCAAGUCAAUGGUCUUAAUGGACAAAUGUCAGAAAUAUCUGAUUAUCUUGCCUAUAAUAAUUGUGGAUGGAUUGAUCCAACAAAAGGUGGUUGGGAAGAAUUACCCUACUGGCUUCGCGGUUUUUCAUGUCUUGGUUUUAUCACAGCAGAUCAACGUGUACAACAAUUAACUCAAAAAUGGAUGGAUGGAAUUUUGAUGAGUCAACAAGGAGAUGGAUGGUUUGGACCAAAUAACAUGAGAACAUCACUCGAAGGAGGACCUGAUUUUUGGCCAGCUAUGCCGUUGAUUCAUGCUAUACGUUCGUUUUAUGAGUAUACGAAUGAUUCACGAGUUCUCCCUUUUUUAACAAAAUAUUAUCAAUAUCAAAAUUCACAACCGGUGGCUGUUUUUAGUCGAGGGUGGGGCAACACGCGUUGGGCUGAUACAAUUGAAAGUAUAUAUUGGCUAUACAAUCGGACUGGUGAUGAAUGGUUACUUGAUUUAGUUAGAAAAAUACAUGCAAAUUCAGCUGAUUAUGUUAAUGGUAUUCCGACUUGGCAUAAUGUCAAUUUAUCACAAGGCUUUCGUGAACCAGCCGAAUAUUGGUUGCUCGAUUCAGAUCAGAAAUAUUUACAGGCAACAUACAACGAUUAUGAAAAAGUGAUGACCAUGUAUGGACAAUUUCCGGGUGGCGGAUUUGCUGGCGAUGAAAAUUGUCGGUCAGGUUAUGGUGACCCACGACAAGGUUUUGAAACAUGUGGUAUCGUAGAAUUUAUGCAUAGUUUUGAAAUAUUAAUGCGUCUAACGGGUGAUCGACAAUGGGCUGACCGUUGUGAGGAAUUGGCAUUUAAUCUGUUACCAGCUGCUUUUGAUCCCGAACAGAAAGGUACUCAUUAUGUAACAUGUGCAAAUUGUAUUCAAUUGGAUAAUCAAGCAAAGACACAACAGCAAUUUGAUAAUAAUUUUCCAAUGUUAGCUUAUAUGCCGGGUGUACAUAAUUAUCGAUGUUGUCCACAUAAUUAUGGAAUGGCUUGGCCUUAUUAUGCACAAGAACUAUGGCUUGCGACAUCGGACAAAGGUCUAUGUGCUUCGUUAUAUUGUGCAUCAGAAGUAAAAGCUAUUGUGGGUAGUGAAGCAGUUGAAGUUCGAAUUGUAGAAGAAACAGACUAUCCAUUUGAUGAUGUUAUUCAUUUUACAAUAUUUACUUCUAAACCCGUACUAUUUCCAUUAUAUCUAAGAAUUCCAAGUUGGUGUCAAAAACCAUUAUUGCAAUUAAAUCAAAAAUUAAUUUCAAUACAAACUGAUCCAUCCUCAUCAUAUCUAAUUAUUGAUCGCAUAUGGCAAGAUGGUGACGUGAUUGAUAUUCAAUUAACUAUGGCACCAAGUGUACGAACAUGGACAACUAAUCGAAAUGCUGUUUCCGUUUUAUAUGGACCGUUGAUAUUCUCACUGAGUAUUGUAGAAAAAUGGAAUCAAAUUGGUGGUACAGAUAUAUGGCCAGAAUACGAAGUGAUCCCACAAUCUGAUUGGAAUUAUGGUCUUGUAUUAACCGAUAAUGAAUAUUCAUUUCGAAUUAAAAAAACAAAAAAGACAAGCGAUAAUCCGUUUGAAUAUUCAACUACGCCAAUUCGAAUCGAAGCGAAAGCACGAAAAAUUGUAGAAUGGAAGGCCGAUUCACAAAAUGUCGUUGGAUUACUGCCUUUGAGUCCUGUUAAAUCUGAUCAACCAGACGAACUAGUCAUAUUAAUUCCUAUGGGUGUAGCUAGACUUCGAAUUACAUCAUUUCCACAAAUUGGAUAA